AUGAAACGACGAAGGACCAUCCAACGAGAGGAUAGGUACAAAGGAUCCAUUCCAGUUGUUGCAACCAAGAAUGAAUCGCGACAACGGCACACCAAAGCCAACAAGUUGAAUACCUUACUCUGUCGCGCCAUGUCAAGUCCUACACUUCCAUCCGAAAUGACUUAUUCGCCAAGAAACCAAGCGAGUUUUGUGGUAGCCUUCCUCUCGACAAUACUGUAUUUGGUGUUGCUGAUUGCUGGCGCCAGAGAAGUUUGGACGUAUCCUGUCGUUAUCGGAGGAAUGAUCUGCUGGAUACUCUUGGAAGAUGAACCAAACAGCUUGACUACUAAAAGAAGGUCACCAGUCAUCAGUCGGUUGUAUCAGUGCCUGACGUGUAGCCAACGACAAUCCCGAGCCACGAUGUUUCACAAGGACAUCCAUCACCGACUAGUCAAAACGACGUGGAUAUUUAUUGUGGUUCCUUGUGUUACAUUUUUUGCCAUCCGUGCCAUCAAGCAUAUUGGCAGUGCCCACAAGAAGAAGGCCAAUGACUUCGGUUUUUUAGCAGUAGUGGCCAUGAGUUACUUUCUGAUACCAGUCUCAAGACAAUCCGUCAUUGUGGAAGCAUUGGGAAUUGGAAGUGCCCAUGCCACUCGAUUACACGUUUGGGCCGGAGUCCUUGCACUGUUUGGGGGCCUUACCCAUGGUCUGUAUUACUGUUGGCUGUGGUUCCUUCACGAAAACAAGAGUCUGGAGGAAAUUGUUCCUUUUCCCAGCGACACAUGCUGGACGUGGGACUAUGGUUCCUCUUGUCACAAGAAAUUCGUCAACUUGCUUGGCUUCCUAUGUGGAACUGCAUUCUUAAUACUGGGAGCCACCAGUCUUUGGGUUGUGCGCCGACGAUUUUUUCGGGUCUUCUACUUUUGCCACAUUGGAUCCUCCUUCAUUCUCAUGUUUGCGUUGGUUAUGCAUUACAACAAAAUGAUCUUGUACCUUGCACCAAGUUUGAUCUACUACUUGGCAUCGAAUGUGCCUCAAUGUGUGGAAUGGAUAUCAAAGUGGAUAAAUGGUGGUAACGCGAUUGCCAGCUUUAUCGAGAUCCCGGAUUCUGGUGGCUGUGUGGAGCUUUCGCUUCGAAUGCCGGAUCAAACAUCAUCCAGCUUGUGUGGAAGAUAUAUUCGUUUGGCAGUACCUUCCAUCUCAGCAAUAAGUCAUCCGUUUAGUUCCUUUGUACAUGUUGGCUAUCCGGGAGAAUUGAAGGUCAUAUUUCGUUCUCAUGGGCCUUUUACCAAAACGUUAUCAAAGAAGUUGUCUAAUGCUUCGAGCGUCGAUUCGAUAUCUUAUCCUAGCGUUGUAGUGAAUGGUGUGCGAUCAGGAACGAACCAAUGGAAACAUGCAAUACAGCAGGACACUCUCGUUAUUUUCGCGGGUGGCGUCGGGAUUGUGACCUACAUUUCAUUGCUCUCGUUCAUGGCGUCCUUGUCCAAAUCGCACGAUGAGCUGGAAAACGCGGAGGAAACAUGCAGAGCGAUUCACAAACGAAGGAAUGUGUGCGUGCACUGGGCUUGUCGUGACGAAGGUCUGAUCGAUUACGUUGAGGAAAAGUACAUUGAUCCAUUACAGGAGUUUUUCAGAGCUAGAACUUCGAACAUCGAAAUCAAGCUGGUAAUUCAUCACACAUCGAUCGCUCCACGAGAAGCAAUGGUUGGGCAAAAAGGCAAAUUUGGAGCUUCCGAAAGCGACUUCGCAAAAUCUCAAUUGCCUGUUGCAUCAUCCUUUGAAAGUGGUGAUAGUAUACCACGCAAUUUUACUGCUGGAAUCCCGUUUGGGCUGAUUGGAAUGGGAGGUAUUGCUAUCAUUGCCUACUGCUAUGAGAACAUCCAAGAGAAACACGUUGCGGAGACAAGGAUGAUAGCAAUUGUUGCAGCAAUUCUUUGGUCGAUUGCUGUGGCAACAGUUGUUUUUGUUGCCAAUAGGCUUUCGACCUGUGUCCCAUCGAAGGGCCUGUACUCAAAAUUGAAUAAAAACGCUGAAAUUGAAUGUACAGAGCUCGGGAAAUCGCAAUCAGACAAAAAUUCCCGACCUGAAAUUGCAGGUUUAGACAGAAGUGAUGAGCUGGCUGACAGUGAAGAAUCAGGCGAAAAAUCGUGGAUGACAGUGUUGCACAAGGAAGAACGUCCUGAUCUGAAGGUUGCUAUCCAGGAGGCUGCCGAAGAUUCAAUCGAUGGAAUUCAAAACCUAAGUGUCGGUGUAUUUGUAUGUGGCCCAACCUCAUUGAUCGAUGCGGUCAGAACAACUGCUAACUCAUUGAAUGAAGGAAGAAACAGUGACUCAAAGAUUGCGGUUGACGUCUAUGACGAGAUUUUUGAACUAUAA